AUGAUUGAACUUGUCAGUCUCAGUGCACUGCCCGAGGUGUUGUCAGUGAGCUGCAAGUGUCGGAUAGUUAGUGCGACUCUCCUCGGGCGACACGCUGCCUCGCCUCCUCGACCGGCAACGUUACCGUGUUCCACGUGCGGAAGCCUCGUUUCCAUUAAUCAAGUCGUUCCGAGAGUUGCGAUCGAUCUCAGCACUUUGUCGAUUUCCCACACCGCUGUCGGUUGCCGCUUCUACAUUGCAACAUCGACAUUUUCCCUCGGAGGUGUUUUUUCCCUUUUUCUUAUCAUAUUCCUUUACCUCUUCUUUUUUUUUCUUGACAGAUUUUGAAGCACGAUUUAUUUAGAUCUUUUUUCCUUAUCUUUUGCUCUGUCUCAAUGUUCAAAUGAAAAAUGUCUUGGAUAUCUUUUCUCAACGAUCGAUCUUCAUUCUAUCGCAACUAUUUUACAGAGUUCAUUCAUGAUUAGGCAGUCUUUCUUGUCUGUGUUCUUUUUCCUCCCCAACUAGAUUAAAGAAAAACGAAACCAACACAUAAACAAGGGAGCGCAAAGUGAUUAGAAUUUUUAAAGUAUUUUUUCGAAUGAAGCAUAUAGUCUUUUUUCGCGUCUUGAAAGGGCGGGACCUCUCUGCGCCCUCCUUAUCUCUCGACGUCCCUCUCAUGUUUACGUGCUGUUUCCAUGUUUCUCUGACCUCGAUGGUGAGGGAACAGAGAGACGCAGACACGCGAAAACUGUCAAAUCGCGGCGGACGGACUAUACUUUACCCCCCAAAAUGGAAUUUCUAGCAACCCAAAUUUUUGGCUUGCAUUUUGUCCCUUUUUUUUCUGAAUUCAUAAAAAUAUUUAGAUUUAUUGACUUUUGAUAGGAAAAUCUCAUGAAAUGACAUAUUUGAUUUUGAUAUUUUUCUUGAGGCGCUUUUUUUGUAUUUCUACUCAAGAAUUUUAACUAAGUCACAGGCAGUUGUUUUCCUUCCUUUUUCCAAGGUUUCGUUUUUUUGACGAAAUUUAUUUUGUUAAUUAUUUUUUUGCCUUUUUUUCAAAUUUGAUUCAUGAUCAUAGUUCAAAAAAAGUUUUUUUAUAACUUUUUAAAACAUAUUCUGGAUAUUUUUUUAUUUUAAUAAAGCAAAAAAUGUGAAAAAUAAUGAUCUCACCUCGUCAGCUUUGGCUCAAUUUACUAAAGAAAUCUGCUUUUCAUGUACAGCUCUUCACACGAAGAGUCUUAAGGCACUAGUCUAAAGGUUUGCAGAGAAAUUUUCCGAUUGAUCCAGAACCAGGAUUUCCUAAACUAUCUUGAAAGUUCUAUUAAAUUCUCAGCCGUUGCGCUAUCUUUGUACAAAUGUGUACAUUACUUAUUUCUUUUUUCAUAUAGGUAUGAAGAUUCGAAAACUGUGAGUUGGUUUCAGUUAAUUUGAAUUUUUUUUUUUCAAAAUAGGCCUUUUUUUGCAAACAACAUUCGUUCAUCCAUAAAGUGCUCGCCCACGUCAUCUCCCUUACUUUGUAGACGGGAGUGGUUUCAAAAACUUCUACGGGAAUGAGACCAUCUGCGACCCGAUUUUUUCUUAUUAAGGACCGAAAUUGCACUUCUCUAAGCUUCAUCCGCCCACCAUCGCUUCUUUCGGCAUUUAAGGACAAUUGGAGUCUCGAUUUACUGCAGACGCGGCUCUCUCUGUUGUUUGUCCUCGCUGCGAACGCCGUUGCUCUUUUUUGCGACGUCUUCUUUGAGUCAUUUCUGCGCGACCUUUGCAAGAUUUCGACACAACGGCGCCAAAAAGUCACAGCAAUCGCCGAAAAAAGCGUCGAUUUGCAUACCGUACUCGACCAAUUUCGCGUCCAAAAAAACAGCGUUGUCCGGCUUUCGUGAAAUUUUCGUGUGAACUGGCAGCCUCCGCAGUCCAAUCCUAACAAAAAUGUUUGUUCAAGCAAUUCCACUUGAGUAACCAUCCUUAUAAGAAACUUUUCAGAUCUUUUCAACAGGGCUCUCAUUUUUUGAAGUUUUAAUCCCUUCGUUUUUUUUUCAUUCUGAAACAAACUGUCACCAUUCAUUAACCAUAUGCAUUUGACUUACUGAGUUAAUUGGUGUCUUGACGGCAGACAGAGCUGUAAUUCAUUCACAGAAGUCGUGUGGCGGGAAAGGAUUCAGACCCAAAUUUCGGUGCCUGCUUUCUAAAGACUGAUAAAAAAGAUUAGAAAAUCUGUUUUGCUUCCAGUUUCUUUCUAUUUUUGCUAACCAAAGAAGACGAAAAGCUUGCUGCACCUAGACUUGGACCAAAAAUUUCGCAAACUUGAGAAAUCAGUUUGAAGAACUGAUUUUUGAUUCCAAAAAAUUUCUUUGGAUAGAUGGUCCGAUUUAAAUGAGUUUGAGCGUAGUAUUGAGGAGCUUCUCGACGGUUUCUCCGUGAUCGGCAUCGCCGCAUGUGAAGAUUUGCUUCCGCAAUCCUUUCGUUUCACAUUGUUCUUUGCGUUUGCAGAAGUGUACACCUGGCGAUAGAUCCGAUAUCAGCCGAGUUUUUGAAGUCUGCCGCUUCAGGUGUAUCAUGUAUCGUCGACGUCGACCGUGCUUUUCUAGUUUACUCGAUCAAACCUCGAAGUUUGGGCACGUGAACUCGAGCUCUGAGAUCAGACCAUCGUUCAACUUGAAAAGCUUUCAAAUAUCUAAGCAAGUUUCUCCGAGAAGACAGUCAAUUUCUCUCAUUAUCUAUGAAAAGUUUAUACUUCGUAAGAACCUUUCAGGAUUCCCCUGCUUCGAAAUUUUCUACCACCUACAAGCUUCUAUUGAAAAAAAAAAGUCUGCAAAAGAAGGCCUUUGUUGAGCGAGUUUCUCCCGCGGGUGCGAUUUCGGACUGUGCAGUGCUGCUCAUAUUUUUUCUUCCUUUGCAACAUUAACGCAUUUUCGUCAACUCCAUCCCAAGGCACUUCUCUUUCGUCUUUUCCCACCAAAAACAUCUAUUUUCUGAAGUUUUCGUUCCUUUCUGACAUUUCAAACAAGCUCAGUUUUUACAUCAAUUUUUUGACAUGUUCGCCAUUUUCCUUUUUAUGCUGACAUUUACCGUUCACACACGUUACAUCAACUAUUUCUGCUUCAUAACAAUUAAACUAAGAAUCAUUCUCUACAAAAGCUAACCGGUAUGAUGCGCAUUUCUACACACCUUAAAAUUCUAAUGUUUAACAUUAAUUAAAUUCAAAUUCACUCGUUAUUCUGUUCAUGGAAAUAUUAAUGAAGUCAUCGUAUUGUGUUUGGAAUCUAAAUAAAAAUAUGUCAAAUGUUGCGACCUUUUCACGUGCGAGCUACGUGGUUUUCCCACGCCUUUUGCAUUUGUCUUCCUUUUUCGGCGACGUAUCUGACGCCGGAAAGGCUAAAGAAGCAGCACGAAAAAGGAAGCGCUGAAACGUUAUACGGGGCCUCGACGUCGCCCUCGCGAUGACGUCCGCACACGCACGUCUUCAGCCGUUCGUUGUUUGCAGCCCUCCCACCAUUUGUUAGACAGCGAAGCCGCCGCCAAACCAUGCGCUGAGCCUCAUGUCUUCUCCGACACCGACAUGCCGAUUAUGAACGUCAUCGCGACGGUUCGCCUGCUGCUCUAUCUUCUUACCGUCUUGUCGUCUCUCUGCGACGUUGACGCUGCGAAGUCAUCCGUUUUCUCCACUGUCGACGCCGAAAUGGUCAAGAAAGGUCGGUUGAUUUUAUGGAAGUACCUAUAAGUUAGAGUUAACAGUACAAAGUACUAUUUUCGUUGUAAACUUACAAUCAAAAUUUUUUCAUAGACUGUAUGCAUUAACAUCCACGCGGAAUAUUCACGAAUCCACAAACAUAAAACAAAUUCCGCUUUUAUCUGGAACUAAAAUAAAAGUUUUGCAAAUCCAUGAAAAAUUUUGUUUGAGAAUCUCGAACUGUGGUGUUGUAUUUAUGAACCUCGAAGGCAUGUGCAUACGCGUCAGGAAAUUUUUUAAAUAUUUUUUCUUUUUUUGAAAAUUGUUGAGGAUCUCGAUGUUACAAGAUAAGGUACGUCACAAAAAGUACACACGCUUUAAUUUUAUUACCAAAAAACCUAUCCUGACUACCGUAAUCCGGCCGGCCGCCUUAAACAGGCGUGAACAAUAAAAGGUCAUUCUCAAGGAAACGUUUUUGAGCCGAUCAAAGAGUGAAACGCUGAAAAAACACAUUUUAAACUUCAAAACUAUGUAUAUUUUGUAAGAAACUAGUGAUAAUUUGAGAAGCAAAAGUUGAAAAAAAGCAAAAAAAAAAUAAAAAUAGAGAAAAAUAAAUCUUUCUUUUAUGACGUGUUCAUUGGAGAAACGGAUCCUGCUUCAAAACGAAAAAUCGCGUUCAUCGGCGCGCCAAAGUUGCUCCAAAACAAAAAUUAGUACUGUUUUGGAGCAAUUUUUGCGUUUAGAAUCAAUUUUCGUUUUGUCCGAUGAACAGGCUUGUGCGAGGGCCGGCCCGUCACCCUCCCGGCCCCCGACCAUUUCGUAAGCCCGGCCUUAGCGAGGCCUCAAGAAAAAAUGGCCCGCCCGUACAAAACGCGCAAUUUUCUAAUCGGAUAUCAAGUUUUUUUCUCCGACAAAAAAAUUACGUUUUUUUGCUCAAUUUUUUUCACUCAAAGUUUAACAAAAAAACUAUGAUUUCAAAAAGUAAAAAGUAACAUUUCGGUGAAAAAUUUUUAAGUGAAAUUUCAAUUUUUUUUUUUCGAAGCCCGGCCCGGGCCAGGCCGCCCGGCCUGACGCACAAGCCUGCCGAUGAACACGCCAUUAAAUUUUAAACUUCGCGCGCUCUCGUCAUGAAAAAAAAUUACGAUAGAGCACACAUGAGCAACUUCCUUUUUAAAUUUCUCUCGCCUCUUUUUUGACAAAGUAUAGUCUAGACUCUAGACGCCAUUAUAGAUAGCACUCCCAAAAGUCUCCUCUUGGCGCAUUCCGCGUGCGUGCGCGCGCCAAUUCAAAUUUCGUCUCUUGGACUAGAUUUACAGGCUUCCAGUAUAUGGUUCUUUUUUUGUAUAAUUUUUCUUACUUAUUCAUUUCCAGUUUUUUUAUUUUAUUUAAUAUUGACUCAUUUAGGGAAUCUAACUUUAUUUAAGAAAGUUUUUUUCUUGUUUUAGCGCCAAUUCAAAUUUUCGCCUUCACUCACUUGCACAGGCAAAUGGGGAAGGUACCAUAAUGUGCCCACAAAUAUACCUCUUAAAAAGAAUCUUGAAUAUUCCAUAAUAUGUCCAUCGUGAGACGUCGAGCAUAAAUUUUAGCUCUAGCUGACCAGGGAAUGGUGUCUAGUCGCAGUUGGAUUUCAGAAUGAGACCCAGUCCACUAAAUGAAGUUUUUCAUGCUGUUUCCAAAUCUGUUCUCAAAAAAUGCCGCGGAGGUCCGUGAAAAAAGUUUUUUUUUGGAAAAGUUUUUUUGAGCGGAGAUACGAUUUUUUUCAAAAGCUCCUCGCAUGAUAAGGAAAUUUGCUGCUGAAAAAUUCAUUCUUCGUUUCUCAUGAGCGAAUAGAGAACAACGUGUACAGCUUAUACAAAUUUCAAAGGAAGUCUGAAAAACAGAAUGAAUAAAAAAAUUAGAAAACCGAAAUGACUAAAAAAAUAAUAAUAAUAAAAAAACCUGGGAAGCAUUUCCAGGCUACUCGGUAGCAAUCAAAAAAAUUUCAGGUACUCUGCCCGUAUAUCCAGUUAUCAUAGAUAUGAUACCCGUGUAAAAUUAAUUGGAAGUUUUUUUAUGCAAGAAAAAAAUUAUUCAAAAAAACCAUAUACUGGAAGCCUGUAAAUCUAGUUCAAGAGACGAAAUUUGAAUUGGCGCGCGCACGCACGCGGAAUGCGCCAAGAGGAGACUUUUGGGAGUGCUAUCUAUAAUGGCGUCUCUAGACUCUAUUCCGCGCCAGCUUGUCACGUUUUUGUUACCAAAAAGACCGUAUACCAAAUUAGAUCGAAAUUCUGUUUUUACAACGGCAAGCAGCACCAAAGGUCUUGAAGAGAAAGUUGGUAAAAUUUGACCUGACCUUUUGGCGGAACGAAAAACGUGACAAGCUGCCGCGGAACGGCCUAUAUAAAGUGUUCAUAAUUUCUUCCCCUAUUCUCUUUUUUACUGAAUGAAUGUAUACGUAUAAAAUAAUCAUAUAAUUAUUUUAACAGAGUGUUUGGCCAACAAGGAGUCGGAAGAUAAUUUAUGUUUUUUCAUAAAUCCAAAAUUUUUCUGUGAUUUUCUUGGUAGAAAUACCUCAAACUUAUCAAUCCUCAAUCAGUUUUAUUUUAAAGACAGCUCAAUAAUAAAGUUACAAUCAUAUUUUAGAUGAUACUGGGUACUUGAAUUUUCAUGCUCAAUGAAUGUAAAUCAUGAUUUAGGUUUUUUGCGAAAAUUCGGCCUCGACGACGUUCCAGUACCACAUGGACCGACUAUUUCUAUCCCUACACACGUCUGGGACAUUUACCAUGAUGAGGAUUACGAAGCAGAUUGGGUUCGUCAUUACUAUCCUAAGGUUUGGUUUUAUUUUGUAAUAAUAUUACAAAGACGCCUUUCAGGAGCUUUUGGAGGUAAAUUCAGGUUUGAUCCUGUCUUUCAACUUAUCCGUGGCUGCAAGGAUCGCUUCUGAAGAGAAGGUUGUUAGAGCAUUAAUGAAGGUUUGUUAAUCUAACAAAAAUAAAAGAAAAUCAAUGUUUCAGUUGCGAAUUGACCGGAAAGCCAGUAAAUGCAGUGAGAAAUCUGUUAUUUCUGUGUUUUUUCUUGACGGAAAUCAGGUUCUCAGCUCUCUUUUUUUCUUUUCUGCAAUGAUUUUUUUUUUUGCAGAGAUUGUUGCUGGGCUCCCAGGGCGUUGAGAACGAGACGGAUUGGGUCGAUUUAGACGUAACUGGCGCUUUUUCCACUUCUUCGAUCGAUACUGUCAGUAAAUUUUGUUUUUCGUUUGAUUAGGAAGGUGUGAAAACAAGAAAUUUGACUCAGGUCUUGUUAAUUUGUAAGUCCGGAUAACCAAUUUCAAACUUUUGAAAACAAUGUUUUUCUUUCCGAAUUUUGGUCUUAUGAUGAAAAAAGAAAAAUCCAUCUGAAAAAAAGAUGAAUGAAAAAUUGAAUAUGUCGGCAACGCUGUUUUUGAAACAUUAAAUCCACUUUUUCAAAAAAAAAAAAGAAGAAGACACAGUAUAGCUGAUUCACGGCUGACUUGAGCCAUCGAGAAAAAGGGUCCUGCCACGAAAAGAGACGAGACAGUGCCCUGGUUGGUGGAGAUUGCAGACAGGCCACGCCUUUUUGCGUCCCAAGCUAGCCGUGUAUCGUCUAUAUAUAUAUAUAUACAUUGACAUUUUGUAUCAUCUUCUCUGCUGAAAGUUUUCUUUGAAAGAGAUCGUUUUUUUAUUCUGACAUAAAUAGCUCGAUAGACGUUAAUUAAACUUUUUAAAAAAAGCAGAAAAAAACAACCUAAGAAACUUUAAAAAUUUCAAUAGCUGAACAGAGAAGUAGGUGAAAGUCGACUGUAUGUCAAAUUUUUAAAUAAUAAAUUCAGUCUUUUUUUGUUCUUCUAUUUGUUAUGAAUUUUUUUCCCUUCUCACAGUGAGCAGCAACUUUUGGUUACUCAACGAAAAAAGUUCAUUUUUUUUUGUAGGUCAGUUUUGCGGUUGAGUUUUCGGAAGACCUUUCGCUUCAUGCCGCCGAAGCCACCUCAAUUUCCUCGCUGCCCUUUGCUCGACUGCAAAGUGCUCCUCUAAUUGUUUUCAGGUUUUUUUUUGUCAAAUUGUCGUCUGUCUCGUCGUUUUUUUUUUCUUUUCGAAGAAGUUUUGAGUGGCAUAUUGUUUCAGCGAAUCGUCGAAGCCGUCCCGCGCGCGUCGGAAACGAAGUACAAACGAGCGGAGAGGCCGCCGAAGAAACCGCAAGCACCACAGACACGACGCAGAGUCGCACCUGUGCCGCAAGGCCGAGCUUUACGUUGACUUCGACGAGCUGAACUGGCAGGACUGGAUCAUGGCGCCAAGUUGACUUUGCGUCGUUGAACCGAGUGGCAAUCGAGGCUUUUCAGAAGGUUACUCGGCUGGCCAGUGCAUCGGCGGCUGUCCUCAUCCCAUGCCAGCGCAUCUCAACGCUUCCAACCACGCCAUCAUACAGUCUCUGCUCCACUCGCUCAAUCCCCACGACGUGAGUUUUCGAGACCCGCAUCUGAGAACUAAUUUCACGUCUCCAGGUUCCUCCCCCGAGUUGUGUCCCCACGGAGACGUCACCUCUCAGUAUACUGUACGUCGACGUUGACAAUGUGUGAGUUUGAUCUUCUUGGGCCGAAAUAAAAUAGAAGAGGGUAACACAGAUGUAUCGAUUUGAACCAUGAAUAAGAAAUUUCGAAAACGGAAAGCUCAGAAGUAAGAUUUUAUCGAUUUCUGAAGGAAAGGGAAAGUUUAAAGGUUUCAGCAUUUCAAAGUUAGAACAAAAUAUCAAAAAGCUCGUGCAAGAAAUGGCGUAUUUUUUUUCCCUAUUUCGCAUAGUUUCAAGCUUUAUGUAAUUUGGAAGUUAAGAAAAUAUUGAUAUAGAGCAAUCGCCUCAGAGUUUGCCCGGUUUUCAUUACCCUUUUUUGGCUACUUCUUUCGUAAAGGUUCAAAUCGUGGUACGAAAGAUUUUUUCGAUGCAGCUCAUUUCAGUGUAGUGUUUGGAACGUUUUAUUGAUCUUCUUAAACAGUGUUGAGGGUGAAGCUUUUUUUUUAUUAAAUGAUGAUUUCUUGUAGUCGCCUUUCUUGUAGUCACAUGCGCUGAAUUUCAGCUUUUUAGAGAUAAUAUCUCAAACCUACGUAUCAUCCAUGGCAGGUCUGAUUCUCAAACGCGAACUUCAAGUAACUAGGGUGAAACUAGGAGUUUGCGUAGUCAGCGGCUAAGGGUAUUAAAACCCUCAAUGAAUGUUUGAGCAGAUUAAUUUGUAGUCGCUUAUUGUUUUGCAAGGAACUCAACAAGAACAAGAACUGCAGAAUCGUAAUCAAAGAAUAUCCGGACAUGCGGGUGGAAGCAUGCGGGUGUCGCUGA